CGCCCCGUGUCUGCCGCAACCACCACCGCCACCGCCGCGCCUCCGCCUCGGCCGCCACCGCAGGUCCUUCGCGGCCCCUUCCCUUCGUCGUCCUUGCCAGGCCCGGCCUUCCCGCGCCGCCGCGCCCCCGCGCCCCGCCAUGCCGCUCUACUCCGUUACUGUGAAAUGGGGAAAGGAGAAAUUUGAAGGUGUAGAACUGAAUACUGAUGAACCUCCAAUGGUGUUCAAGGCUCAGCUUUUUGCACUGACUGGAGUCCAGCCGGCCAGACAGAAAGUUAUGGUGAAAGGAGGAACACUGAAGGACGAUGAUUGGGGGAACAUCAAAAUGAAAAAUGGAAUGACUGUACUAAUGAUGGGGUCAGCAGAUGCUCUUCCUGAGGAACCCUCAGCUAAAACUGUCUUUGUAGAAGACAUGACAGAAGAACAGUUAGCAUCGGCUAUGGAAUUACCAUGUGGAUUGACAAACCUUGGUAAUACUUGUUACAUGAAUGCUACAGUUCAGUGUAUUCGUUCUGUGCCUGAACUCAAAGAUGCCCUUAAAAGGUAUGCAGGCGCCUUGAGAGCUUCAGGAGAAAUGGCGUCGGCACAGUAUAUUACUGCAGCCCUUAGAGAUUUGUUUGAUUCCAUGGAUAAAACUUCUUCUAGUAUUCCACCAAUUAUUCUACUGCAGUUUUUGCACAUGGCUUUUCCACAGUUUGCAGAGAAGGGCGAACAAGGACAGUAUCUUCAGCAGGAUGCUAAUGAGUGUUGGGUACAAAUGAUGCGAGUAUUACAGCAGAAAUUGGAAGCUAUAGAAGAUGAUACUGUUAAAGAGACAGAUUCUUCAUCUGCAUCAGCAGUGACACCUUCUAAAAAGAAAAGUUUAAUUGAUCAGUUCUUUGGAGUUGAAUUUGAGACAACCAUGAAAUGUACAGAAUCUGAGGAAGAAGAAGUCACUAAAGGAAAGGAAAGUCAGCUGCAGCUUAGCUGUUUCAUCAAUCAAGAAGUCAAGUAUCUUUUUACAGGACUUAAGUUGCGACUUCAGGAAGAAAUCACCAAACAGUCUCCAACAUUGCAAAGAAAUGCUUUGUACAUCAAAUCGUCCAAGAUCAGCCGGUUACCUGCUUACUUAACUAUUCAGAUGGUUCGAUUUUUUUACAAAGAGAAGGAAUCUGUGAAUGCUAAAGUUCUUAAGGAUGUGAAAUUUCCUCUUAUGUUGGAUGUGUAUGAACUAUGUACACCAGAACUUCAAGAGAAAAUGGUUUCUUUUCGAUCAAAAUUCAAGGAUCUAGAGGAUAAAAAAGUAAAUCAGCAGCCAAAGACAGGUGACAAAAACAGUAGUCCUCAAAAAGAAGUUAAGUAUGAACCCUUUUCUUUUGCUGAUGACAUUGGCUCCAAUAAUUGCGGAUACUAUGAUUUACAAGCAGUGCUAACGCAUCAGGGAAGGUCUAGCUCUUCAGGCCAUUAUGUCUCGUGGGUGAGAAGGAAACAAGAUGAGUGGAUCAAGUUCGAUGACGAUAAGGUCAGCAUCGUGACGCCAGAGGACAUCCUACGACUCUCUGGCGGUGGUGACUGGCACAUAGCUUAUGUUCUCCUCUAUGGGCCUCGCAGAGUGGAGAUCAUGGAAGAGGAAAGAGAACAGUAAUCUUCAUUUUAGCUAUUUAUGCUUAGGUGUGAAAUAAAUGUUAUUUGUUGAUCAUUUCUAUAACCCAGAGCUUUGGAGGAAGAUGUUUAGGUGGUUUUAUGUGUCUCCCCUCAUGUGGAACAAGAGAGGGCAGAAGCAGACCACUCUGUGUUACCGACCUAAGAAAUUACAGAAAAGAGAACAGAAAAGAAAAAUUGCCUUUGGACUGUGCUGCCCUGUGUAAAGGUGGCAGGAAGAAUUUUUUAAAAAGCUUAUUGCUUGGAUUGAUUUUUAAAAAUUAUGAGUUGAAAUGCCUUUCAACCAUUACUACCUUCUGUGAUAAUUUUUCUCCCUGUCUUUUUCAGCCCAAGAUUCAGCAAUCAGAUGUUUAUUGCACACCUAUUACUCUAUUAUUUGUUGUUCUUGCAUGGUUCAAACCACCAGUGAUUCAGUAGCUGCCCAUCCUUUGCCUUAUCUAACACAAAUGUUGCCAGGAAGGUGGAAAGGAAGUAAGUUUGAUCUCAUUGUGUAACUCAGUGCUGCAUCCCCACCCUCAUGGAAACAUGGGUACAAUCAAGUAUUUGUCCAGCCUGACUGUUGCUGGCUUUUCAUGACUUUAAAAUAAAUUGUGAUCAAAUAAUA